AUGGACAGGAAGAUGGGGAAAUUCCAUAUCGUUCUGUUGGUGGUCCUGCUGUUGGGGGCAUCUGCACACUCACUGAGGUGCCACUUUUGCCAGUCAUUAGGCUCUGACUGUAAAAAUGCAAUAAGCUGUGCGCCCAAUAUGAAGGCAUGCAUCAGUGUGUAUCAGGAAAUAACGAACGGUUCUGCGACGAGCAAAGUAACGGUGAAAGAGUGUACCAUGAAUUGUGAGCUCUUUCGAUCACAGUCUGCACGGGUGACGUCAUUUCUCCAGACGGUCAAGUGCUGCGACAAGGAUCUGUGCAACUGGGCCAGCAGUGUGAGCAGCAGCUUUGGGGUGGUGGUCCUGGGCAUUGGGGUCAGUCUGACCUGUACCCUCCUCGGGGUCUGGCUGUAA